UACAUCCCUAAUACAUACACUUGAAAAAAAGUUGUGGAGCUCUCGCGAGAGGUAUUGGCAUGUCGGAGUCUCCCAAAAAACGUUCAAAAAUAGGUCCAAGCGACUGUCUGUCCUACCUGCAGAGCCUGGGAGAUGUACUUCCCGAGGACGCCGCCCUUCAGCUGGCCCAAAGAAUUCGGGCGGAGGAGGAUGAGGCGGCCCAGAUGGACACGUGCGGCGGCGCCAACCAAGCCGCCCUAAACAUUAGUUUCCGGGUGUACUACCACAUAGUGCACAAGUACGAGCUGCAGGACUCGCACUUUGAAGAUCUCCCCCAGCUGACCAGCGAGCAGCCCACUGCCUUUUUGAUGCUCCAGUCUGUGCUUCUCACCGACCACUGGAAGCGUUUGGAUUCGGUGCAGCUGGAGGAGAAGUGCACCAGCAUUAUUGAAGCUCUGCGACUGAACAGUCCCAGUCUGAUGGCCGUGCUCAAGGCCACCAACCUGCUGGUGAAGAAGUUCCCCGAGCUGCAGCUCAUGCCCCUGCGCUUGGAGCACUUUUACCACUGCCUGCAGCGCCAGACUCAAACGGGAUCCCGCGAGGAGACCCUGACGCUAUACAACCACUGCUGCAAACAGCGGGAAAGGGCCUUCUCCUACUUUCGCCUGAUUGUCGAGUUUUGGCCGUGGACAAAUCGCAAUAAAUACUACCUCCUAAGCGGCGCCCUUAACUCACAUCCUCUGCCGGAUCUCCUAGCCGCCACCAAUCAAAGCGAAGAGGAGUUCCUCAAUGGACUGAGGCUGAGCUUAAGCUACAAAGGACUGCGGGCAGCCAGCCAGUAUCCGGUGAAAAGCCUGAGCAAUCAGCGUUCUCCGGCUUUGCUCGCCGCCAGCGUGGAGCUGCUUCUUAACGGCACUGUGGCCGAGAUCCAGAACUUUCACUCCCAGUGGUUCCUGCGGAUCCAGCAGCGCGACAUGUUGUUCGAGCUGCUACAGGCCAAUCCCCAGAUAGUGGAGUUUCUGGCCUCCUCCGAGGAGGUGAGGUCGCCGGGCGAUCAGCUGCGUCUGAUCCUCAUCUUCAGCAUGUUUGCCAAAGAGAUAUAUGCUGCCUCCAAGUUGCACUUUUUCAAGAUCAGCACAGAGCUGCUGACCAAUUGCAGCCAAAUGGAGACGGAGGCCCAGCUGUUGGUGUUUCGAUUUAUGGUCGACAACCUGGGAAACUUUGCCGUCGAGGACUGCCUGGACUUUUUCCACACCUUUGUAGAGCGACAUCGUGGUCUGGAGAGCUCGGAAUUUCGGAACACGAUGCUGGGCAAGAUGCCCACGAUUAUCAACCACACGGCCAAGCAUUUCCAUAAGGUGCUCAAGGCAGACAGCGGCGUUGGAGGUGAUGCCUUGGCGCAGAACAUCAAGCGAUUCUUCUCGCAUCUGCAGAAUCUGAUCGAGCGGGACAUACACAGUGAGGUUUACCAACCGAAGAUCUUUGCCCUGAAGUUGUUGGAGAUUCUUAAUCGAUCGCUGUAUGCCGAACAGGUAGCCAAGAAUGCGAAGAUGUGUAGUCCCCAACAGAAUCAACGGAUGGGAAUAUUCCUCCUGGAGCAUGGGGUCUUUCGACCAAAGGACAUGGCGCAAAAGCUCUUCGAAACCCUCAACAAUCCGCAAGGUUUCGAUGAUGCUUUGGACUUGACCGUUUCCCUGCUGAUUCAAAUGGGCCAUGUGGACACUGAAAAGUGCGUGAAGCGUUGUGUGGACUUGUGCUUAACCUCAGAUGUGGAUGAGUGCUCACUGGUUUCACUUUACGCGCAGUUGGCAGUUACAAAGGAGAAGUCUGGAAGAAAGAUAUUUGAUGAAUGCCUGAAACGGCUUGCGGACAAACUGGAUUCGUUCUUCGACGAUCCCUUGCUAACUGCCAAGAGUGGUGGGCAUCUCUUUGGCUAUCUUCGCGGACUGGAUGAGGUGGUCAAGGCUGGCCUUUCAGUGGAUUCCCUGCUGGAGGACUUGUUGCCACUGCUGGAACGCAUACUUGGCGGCAUUUUAAAGUUUCUCAACUUGGCCAAUGCCCGACGACAGGAAGAGGCAGCCACUGCUGCUAGUUUCCAGGACAUGGACGAGAGUCUCCAGCUGCUGGUCAGCGAGAGCUCCUUCAAGUCCGUUGGCGAGGAGGAAGCCUGUCGGAAGUACUUGCUUAUGAGCUUCUGGCUGACUUUGAAGGGCUGCUGCGAUCUGGCCACCAGCAUAGGGUGUUUACUUAAAGCCACUGCCAAAACAGUAAACUCAGAGGCUCUCCGUCGUUGCCUCGACAUCAAUGUAUCUGUCUUGACGCUUUGCCGCCACAAAGGAGCCAUCGAGGCUGCUGGCCUUAGUAUAGGUAGACUAACUCGUGCCAUCACCAGCAGCUUGGAGAGCGGCGAUGCUGGUUUCCAAAUGCUGCACGAUUGUCUGGAGCGGGAACUGCUGACUGAGAGCCGCCAGGUAAGCACCACACGUCGUGGUGCUGGCUUCGCCAUAAUGUUCUUGCACGUGCUGAAGAACGACAAUCCACGGCAGCGUCUGCUCCUUCAUCGUGCUGUGCAGCAAAUCCUACAGAGGCUAAAUGGAGAUCGUUCGGCGGAGAGUGUUUCCCUGGAUAGCAAUCACGAUCGCUUGGAAGCCUUAGUUCUGCAUUAUUUGUGCGUUUUGGUGCGCGACACCGAAUUGAGGCCGGCGAUGAGCAAGUACUACAAUGAGAUUCUGUUGGUGGCCAUGGAGCACAUCACCAAUCCCGAGUGGACCAUCUCGAAUGCUGCACUCCCUUUUGGCGCCAAUUUGGGCAAACUGGUGGGCCAGCGACAAGCCACUGAGUUUGAAACGCGCCCCGCUUGGGAACCCAGUGAACUGGACUACGAUGAAUUGGGAUGUCUGCUGCCCAAGGCAUGCGAGCACAUGCUAGAGUGCUGCGACCGCCAGGAGGUGACCUCGUCUAUUAUACUCUUUCUUGCAUUCCUAUCCAAGGUGGAGCACUUGCGCACCUCGGGUGGCAAGGAGCCAAAUCCCCUGCUGCUCAGGUUCCGGCGACUAAGCUGGCGCUUGCUGCGGCACAAGUGCGAUCAGGUGCGUCAACUGGCUGCCACCUGUUUUGUUCGAUCGCACGAGUUCCGCUGCGAUCUGCCGGCGGCGCUGCUGGCCAGCGCCAAAUUGGCGGCUAAUCUUGAGGAGGAGAACUUCUACGAAGGACUGAUCUACACCCUGACAUCGGGGGUGUUAAAACUUCAACAUGAAGCUCGACAUGUUUGGAGUGCUGGGCGUUUGGAGAAAUUCCUUGCAGAGCUUCUCACAUCACUAGACGUCACGGAGCGAGUGCGUCGCUUCAAGCCGUACACACGGAACGUGCUUUUGGAACUGCUAAAGCUUCUGGGUAGCGCGGAUAAAGAGGCUCUGGUCGAGUCCCUCGACUAACAUUAGCGAAUUUAGUUUUAUCUAAUCUAACAUUAAGCCAAAAAGUAAUCUUUCCUUGUCAACGCUUUUACAACUAUUCAAAUGACGCAUUUAAUGUUUGUACGCAGUAAACGAAACGAAAGUAUCUACCAAA